AUGGGCCUGCUAGCGCUAGGAACCGCACUUGAAUGGCCGGAGGCUAAGAAGAAAGCGGACCAGGUUCGCAAAUGGGGAAUUGAGCAAUUGCUCGCGAUUUGGCAUAGGGCGAAAGGGAAAGAGCGUGAUGCCCUUCUUUGGGGAGACGAGGUUGAAUAUCUCGUCGUCGCCCUGGAUGAUGCAGCAAAAAAGGCUCGCCUAUCGCUUGCGCAAGCGGAAAUCCUCAAAUCGUUGGCCCGAGACGAAGCACUUUGGAAAGAAGGAUCAUGCACAUAUUCUCAGAACAGAGAACAUGAGGGUGAGGAGCCGCCUCAUUUCCAUCCCGAGUUUGGGCGCUUCAUGCUGGAGGCUACUCCUGGUCGACCAUGGGGGAUCGACUUUAAGGAUCUUCUCAAGGUGGAGUCUAAUAUGAGAUGGAGGCGAGAGGUGGCAAAAGCACAUAUGGCGCCGAACGAGUCACCCGUGACCCUGACGACCUUCCCUAGGUUGGGCACGAAAGAUGAUUACAUACAGCCUUAUUAUCCUCCAUCAGGGCCGGCGCUGCGGUCCCAAUUUGUUCCAGAUGAAAUCGCAAACCCUCACAUUAGGUUUCCUACGUUGGCAGCUAAUAUCAGAUCAAGAAGAGGUCGGAAGGUUGAAUUGAAUGUUCCUGUAUUCAAAGACAAGAACACUCCCCAGCCGUUCAAGGACCCAACAGUGAACUAUGAUCUUCACAUAUGGCCAGAAGAUGAUGACGUCCGAAACGGGGCAGCAAAGGAUGACCAUGUUUACAUGGAUGCAAUGGCGUUUGGCAUGGGAAGUUGCUGCCUUCAGAUCACUUUCCAGGCCAAAAAUGUCCCGGAGGGAAGGAAAUUAUAUGAUCAGCUAAGCCCACUGGGGCCGAUACUCUUAGCACUGACGGCUGCCACCCCAAUUUACAAGGGAUUCCUUGUGGAUACAGAUGUUCGGUGGAACCAAAUUGGUAACGCGGUAGACGACCGAACAAAGGAAGAACUUGGCGAGCUCCCGUUAAAAAAUGACAGAUGGAGGGUUCCAAAAUCAAGAUACGCCUCGAAUUCGACUUAUAUAUCACAAGACCCUAGACUACGGAAAGAGUACCUGGAUCCUGAUUUGAUCGUGGAUGAAGAUAUUAAGAAACGAUUAAUGCAAGACGGCAUGGACGAUCUGCUGGCAACCCAUUUUGCGCAUCUAUUCAUUCGUGAUCCCAUUGUCAUUUUCUCCGAGGAUCUGGAGGAAUUGGAUUUGAACAAAGCUGAUCACUUUGAGAACCUGCAAUCGACAAAUUGGCAACAUAUGCGGUUCAAGCCACCGCCACCUGAGAAACACGAUAUCGGCUGGAGGGUUGAAUUUCGGUCAAUGGAAAUUCAAAUGACGGACUUUGAAAACGCCGCAUUCUCUAUUUUCAUUGUGCUUGUCACUCGGGCUAUCCUGAGUUUUGACCUCAACUUCUACAUUCCCAUUCAAAGAACAACUGAGAACAUGGAGACCGCACAUGCACGGAAUGCUGUGCUUGACCAAAGGUUUUAUUUCCGAAAAAAUCCAUUCUCGCCACCAGUCCGGAGGCAGCAAGUUUCAUCAAGCGAAAGCAAUACUUCAUCGGCUACACAUUCAGCAUAUAACACACCUCCGCCCUCUCCACCGCUUGGCCCCGUGGAGUCAGAAUACGAACUUAUGAGCAUUUCCGACAUCAUUAACGGGUCCAACGAUGGGUCAUUCCCAGGCUUGAUUCCCCUUGUUGAGUCCUACCUGAACAGUGUGAACGUAGAUGUUGAAACCCGCUGUUCAUUGGCGAGGUAUCUCGACUUAAUACGGAAACGGGCGAACGGCACUUUAUGGACCGGUGCCAAGUGGGUUCGAGAAUUUGUCGCAAAACAUCCUGCGUACAAGCAGGACAGCGCCGUGCCCGAAGAAAUCUGCUAUGAUCUUGUGAAAGCUGUUGAUGAGAUGAGCGUUAAAGAAGGAGCAAAUGGGAGCGUCGGAUGGGAGAUGCUUAGAGGUAGGAAGGCAUGA